AUGUGCCAGACCGUGUUCCCGACCCACGCCGACCACCGCGGCCAGCUGAGCGCUGGGCAGCUACUCAAGUGGAUGGACGCCACUGCCUGCCUCGCAGCUGAGAAACAUGCUGGUGUUUCUUGUGUGACUGCAUCUAUGGAUGACAUACAGUUUGAAGAGGCUGCCAGAGUUGGAAAAAUUAUUACCAUCAAAGCAAAGGUGAACAGAGCAUUCAAAACCAGCAUGGAGGUUGGCAUCAAGGUUAUGGUACAGGAUGUUUUGACUAAUGCUGAAAAAAUUGUGAGUGUGGCAUAUGCAACAUAUGUAGCCAAACCAGUUGGUGCUGGAAAGAUUGAAUUAGAACCUGUAAAACUUCUGUCUACAGAAGACCACCUGGAGCACAGCCUGGCUGUUGAGAGAAGAAGAAUCCGACUGGGCUAUGAACAGGUCUUUCAGAACCUAAUGCAGGAGAGUAAUAAAGAAGAUACUUUUGAAGAGGAACAUGGAGUUUCAACUGACUUUACUCAUGUACAGAGUAUUGAGCUUGUCCAGCCUCCUCAUGCAAACCAUCAUGGAAACACUUUUGGUGGCCAGAUCAUGGCUUGGAUGAAAACAGUGGCAAGUAUUUCAGCGGGCUGCCUUUGUCAUUCAUAUCCUGUCCUGAAAUCAGUCAAUAUGUUUAAAUUCUGGGGACCAUCCAUUGUGGGUGACAGCGUUGUUUUCAAUGCAAUUGUGAACAAUACAUUUCAGAAUAGUGUGGAGGUUGGUGUCCGUGUUGAGGCUUAUAACUGUGAAGAAUGGAUCAAGAACCAGGCACGGCACAUUAACAGCGCGUUUCUCAUUUUUAAUGCUGUGAAUGACAGUGGAGAGCUGCUCACCCUCCCCAGAAUUACACCUACUACACAGGAUGGUAUGAGGCGAUACCAUGGAGCUGUUGCCCAAAGGAGAAUUCGACUAAUCAGAAAAUGCAUACUAUCUGAAGUAUCUGAUCUCUGAGAGAAAAGCAACCAGGCAUAUAUGAGUUGCAGCAAUAUAGCUGCAUUGACACACCUAGCAGCAAAACCAGGAUGGGAAGUAACCAGUCCAUUGGAUGAUAUAAAAAUAUGGACUCAUGAGGAGGGUGAAAUGUUGUCACUCAAAGUUGAAAUGCAUCUCAAAAAAGAUCUGUCUCAGAAAAGGUUAGCUCUAGAUGUGUCUGACUUCACAUUACGCUUACAAUGGGACAAACAUUUCUUAACUUGCAAGGUCCUGCAGGCUGUGAAUGAAGAUGACAAAAUAUAUUAUGUUACUUCUCCACCCAUGACUGGCCAUAAACCCAGAGACUUUGUGAUUCUUGUGUCUCAAAGGCAGCCCUUUAAGCCAAGUGAACCCUACAUAGUAGCUGUGAAGUCAGUUACCCUCACGUCUAUGCCACCUUCUUCAGAAUACCUGAGAAGUGAAAUCCUCUGUGCUGGAUUCCAGACCUACAGUGACAGCAAUAGCUCUUGUACAGUAUGUUACUUCAAUCAAGUGACAUCAGGUGUUAUGCCUUACUUUGCAGCAAAUCUUACUGGCUCAUCUAAAUCCAUUGAAGGCACUGCUUUGGAAUGUAUAAAGUUCUUGGAGAUGAACAACAGCAAGUUGAACCUGCAAACAGAUUUCUGA